AUGUUGCCCAUUGCUAUAUCUAUUGUCCCAAGCUCUCCCCCACAUUCGCAACCGCCGGUUUCGGGUAGCUCACCAGCCACAUGUGGCGGAAGGCUGAAAGAGUUCCAACCUACAUCCCCCAAUUUUCGUUUCAAUAUUCGCAACUCGUCGAGCAUGGACGAAACAGAACGACGAACGGUGAAGCGUUCGCGCUUCGACCAGACAGAGCCGGAACCCAAGAGGACAUCGCGAUUUGACCGUCGCUCUCGAUCUCCCCCGUCGCGUCGCUCUGAGCCCGGAAGAGAUCGUAGCCCCAUUGCAAAAGAUGCAACCCCCGAGGCAAGGAAAUCUCCAACUGAUGCUGCCGCUGCCGCUGCUGCCGCUGCGGCUCGCAUCAACGCGCAGCUCCAAGCUCGUAAGGGAAUCCAGCACGUCGAUGUGCCUCCCAUCAGGUCUGCUGAAACCGACUCACCACCGCCGCGAACAACUUCGACACCACAAAGCGCAAACAAGACAGCUCCGGCACUCGAUGGCGAGAUGUAUGUUGCAGAUGGCGACUAUAUCCAGGAUAUCGAAGUCAAUGACCUAAGGAAUCGCUACCUCCUUACCAAGGGGUCCACGCAGAAAAUGAUCAAAGACGAAACCGGCGCUGAUAUAACCACCCGUGGCAGCUACUAUCCCAACAAGAGUAUGGCAACCGCCGCGAAUCCUCCGUUGUACCUUCACAUCACGAGCACGAGCAAGUCUGGCUUGGAGGCUGCUGUCGCCAAGAUCAACGAACUUAUUCAACAGGAACUCCCUCAGCUUGUCGACGAAAGGCGUUUCCGCCGUCGAGACCAGGAGCAGGUUGAACGUGACGAGUUUGGUCGACGUAAAUGGCCCGAAGAGAAGAUCCCUAUCAGCCUAGAGCCCGUGCAUGGGUUCAAUUUGCGUGCUCAGGUCGUUGGACAUGGAGGUGCCUACGUAAAGCAUAUCCAGCAAGAGACAACUUGCCGUGUGCAGAUUAAGGGACGAGGUUCUGGGUAUCUCGAGGCAGCCACUAACCAGGAGAGCGAUGAAGACAUGUUCCUCCAUGUGACCGGUCCUGACCCCAAUAUGGUUGCGAAAGCAAAGGAGCUUUGCGAGGACCUAAUCGCCAAUGUCAAGGAACAGUACGAAGAGUUCAAGAGUCGUCCACCGCGCUACGGUGGCGACCGCUAUGGGGGGGAUCGUUACAAUGGUGGCGGUGACCGUAACCAUUCCCAUGGUGGCUCACACGGAGCUUCUCAUGGUUCAUAUGGCGGUUCUGGCUAUGGUGGAUACGGGUCUAACCCGGGUGGUGCUUCAAACAGUCCAGCCCCUGCUGGCGUGAACAGUCCGACGAAUGCUGCUGACUAUGCCGCCCAGUACGCCCAGUACUACGGUGGCGCAGACCCUUACGCAGCCUAUGGUGGUUAUGCUAACUAUGUUGCUAUGUACCAGCAAUACUAUGGAGCUCAGGCUCAAGCACAGGCUCCCGGCGCUCCUGGAGCCACCCCUGGGCAGUCAGCUUCACCUCCUCCUCCGCCCCCAAGUGAAGCCGCUCCUCCUCCUCCGCCCCCGCCCAGCUCGGCACCUCCCCCGCCUCCCCCUUCUGGGUCCCCUCCCGGAACAGGCGGGAGCUACGGUUCGCAAAGGGGAGCCAAAGAAUUACAGAUUUUGACAGAAAAGCAUGCCGCUGGAUAUGGAAUUCCAUGGCUCUGUCCAGAUAGCUCCGAGCUUUACCUAGCUAACGUACAGUCAACUUUAAGACUGUCGCGUCCGUCGCUCGUAACUCAAUACCCGAUCGAUCCUCCCUCCUCAGUAGGCGCAUCCAUCAAGUCAGCCCCGAUCCCUGCUUCGCUCGCGUACCAUUCCGAAGCUGCCUCGAACCCAUCUCCUUUCCUUCUCAGUCCUGCCGUCAACCUUCCAGUAUCGUUUGGUUCAGCAUAUGUCGGCGAGACUUUUAGCUGCACUCUUUGCGCGAACAAUGAACUACCAAUAGAUGCUGCCAAAAAUAUUCGCGAUGUGCGCAUCGAAGCAGAGAUGAAGACACCUGGUAUGGGUGCUGUUCAGCGCCUUGAGCUUGGCCCCUCAAAUGGCCAACCUGAAGUUGAUCUUGAGUCUGGAGGUACCUUGCAGAAAGUGGUCUCGUUCGAUCUUAAGGAGGAGGGUAACCACGUGCUUGCGGUAACAGUGAGCUACUACGAGGCGACAGAGACAAGUGGACGAACAAGAACUUUCCGGAAGCUGUACCAGUUUAUCUGCAAAGCUUCACUCAUCGUGCGCACCAAGGUGGGUCCCCUGAACUCCAACAACACUCAAGAACGCGGGCGAUGGGUGCUCGAGGCACAGCUGGAGAACUGUAGCGAAGACGUGGUGCAGCUGGAGAAGGUGGUACUAGAUACGGAGCCUGGGUUGCGGUAUCGAGACUGCAAUUGGGAGGCGAGCGGGAGCGAAAAGCCGGUGCUGCAUCCAGGUGAAGUGGAGCAGGUUUGCUUCGUGGUCGCGGAGGACGGCACCGAGUCGGGUGUGGAGGUGACACCGGACGGGAGGAUUAUCUUUGGAUCAUUGGGAAUUGGAUGGAGAGGUGAGAUGGGAAAUAGAGGAUAUCUGGCUACUGGGAAAUUAGGCACAAGGCGAGCCGCAGCACGAUGA